ACGGGGUGGUAGUGUUGCCGUAUAAGUUAUUUGCCAGCGGUCUACCUCAGCGAACAUUUUACUGCACGAUGGCGAAGAAAGCGUUCCAGCACCAGGCUGGCACGGCCAUGGAAUGUUUGAGCAUUCCCAUAACGUUACACAAAGAGAAGGACAUCGAUGAGGAGGGUCGGGAGGUGUUAAAAUGUGGAUUCAAAAUUGGCGGUGGCAUCGAUCAAGAUUUUCGGAAAAGUCCACAGGGUUACACGGACUAUGGAAUUUAUGUCACGGAGGUACACGAAGGUAGCCCGGCAGCUAAAUCGGGUUUGCGGAUGCACGAUAAAAUUUUGCAAUGCAAUGGGUACGAUUUUACCAUGGUGACGCACAAGAAGGCCGUUAGUUACAUACGUAAAAAUCCCGUCCUAAACCUGCUCGUUGCUAGGAAAGGCGUUACGUCGACCUAAGCAUCUAAGCAGCC